GUGAUUGAAUCAUAUUUACGUAAUAAUGUCUAUGUGUAACGUGCGGAAAUAUUGCAACUCGAGUUCCUGCUCUCACAUUUUUGCCAAAUUAAAAAUGUCAAACGUUUACGAAUCGCCCCGUAACUCUUCAACGUUGAAGAACGAGCUCUUGAGGAUCAAAAAAUUCAAAGCGGAAUGGUAAGGAAGACAAACAACGCGAACGAACUCGAAACUACCUGAUGCAAGUGAUCAACGAUGGGGUUCUCGACGACGAGAAUGGUGAACGUGAAAUCGCGUCGGAGAAGAUUUCCGAAAAUUUCGACGACCACUCGGACGAGUCCGAACAAAUUAUGGUGCCGUCAGAUCCGUCCAAGUGGAACUCGGGUCACAUAGCUUCGUGGAUCUCGUGGUGCAGCCGAACGUUCUCCAUAAAACCGGGACCCGUAGCCGCGACACUUCCGUCGAACGGAAGGGAAUUGCUGAAAUUGUCCCCGCAAGAUUGGCAGGACGUCGCCGGCGAAACGGGCGGUUCUAUUCUGGCGCGACACUUGGGAUAUCUUCAUCUGCAGGCGACCGGCGUGCACACGCCGAGUUUACUGCAGGAGACCGGUAUCGAUAAAUGCGGUCCGGCGGAAAAGUAA